CCACAUGGAGGAACAGUGUUCUAUCAAGAGAAACGUCACUGAGUUAAUAGGCAAUACUCCAAUGGUUUAUCUCAAUAAUGUUGUGGAAGGCUGUGUAGCUCGCAUUGCUGCGAAGCUUGAGAAUGUGGAGCCUUGUUCUAGCGUUAAAUUUAGGAUUGCACUUAGCAUGAUCCAAGAUGCUGAGGAAAAAGGCCUGAUAACUCCAGGAAAGACCGUCCUUAUCGAAAUCACCAGCGGUAACACCGGCAUUGGUUUGGCUUUUAUUGCUGCCCUUAAGGUAAAGCUAAUCCUUGUCAUGCCAGCUUCAUAUGGUAUUGAGAGAAGAAUACCAAAUACUCACUUCUUCCGACAGUUUGAGAAUCCUGCAAAUCCAAAGAUUCAUUAUGAAACUACUGGCCCAGAAAUAUGGAAGGACUCGGGAGGAAAGGUGGAUUCCUUCGUUUCAGGAAUAGGGAGGGGAGGAACUGUAAAUGGCGUGGGCAAAUUCCUCAAGGAAAAAAAAAAAAACCCAGAAAUCAAGGUGUAUGGCGUUGAACCAAUUGAAAGUGCAGUCCUGAAUGGCGGAAAUCCAGGCAAGCACUUGAUACAAGGAAUUGGCGCUGGUUUCAUCCCACCAGUUUUCACAAGUCUCCAGUACUUUCGACUAAGAGUGAUUGUGGUAGUGUUAACACAGAUCUGGACGGUGUUCAGCUCAAGAUGGAGUUGCAACCAAAAACUUGUGAAGUAGCAGGUACUAGCGUAAUAAUUGACACAUGAUACUUGUAGCUAGGUGGAGCCGAUAGAGCCAAUGGUUGCUGUAGCAAGGUGCGUGUUUGACCUUCUAUCAAAUAUGAAUGCAAUGAUGGUUUUGUUUUAUCUAUGACAUGUCGGAAAAUCCUCGUGGAGUGGCUGACUGUGCAAGUGGAGUUGGCGUCUUGAUGAGGUCCACAGUUAUGGUGAAGUCCAUAAAGCACUCUGUGGUGAGUGAGCCCAUUAAGGCUGUGGGAAAGUAGUAGCAAGAUUUUCACUUAAGCGAUUGUGACUUGAUGCUAGGGUAGAGAUUGUUAAAAUGUAUCUCGAGUUUAAGCCUAGUGAACAAUGCUUGAUCUAAAUAAAUUAAACUGGCUGUGAUUUUGUGGGACUUAUUUUUCGGUCUAGCUCCACAUGAUUGCAUUUAUAUUCAGCCGCAAUUGGGAGAUGAAGAAGAUUGCGCACGGCUUUCAUUUAAGGUUGUCGUUGAUCACGCGUGACUUUGUGAUCCUCAGCCGAGUAAGAAAGUCAAAAGAAAAGGGGGAAGAGAGAUAGAGAGGAGCCGCAAGAAGAAUUGACCAAAGUAAAAAAUUGUGAGCUUCGUUUGAUUCUAUUCGUUCAUUGCAUGGGACAAAGAGGGAGAGAAAAGCCAUGCGCAAUCCUCUUCUUCUCACGAUUGCGGCUGAACAUAGACGCGAUCAUGUGCAGCUAGACCGAAGAAGUCCCACGAAAUCACAAGUCGGCGAGAUUAAUUUAUUUAGAUCGAGUAUUGUCUAAUGGGCUCAAAUUCGAGACAUAUUUUAACACUUAUUCUAAACAAAUGCCAAGUCAAUACUGCUCUGGAUAACGUUGAGAGAGAGAGAAUCCUUUAAAUAUUAUCAAGUGGCCCACUCGCCCCACAGAGAAGAAGUGGAAGAUGGCGGCGAGGUGACCAAGCAGUGGACAAAGCAGGAAAGCUUCCAAAUCUGUAAAUGAAUCCUCAAUUUGCUCCUUUUGUCAUCUUUCUCUUAUUUAAUUACAGAAACAAGUUUUACUUUGUCUUCUUAGACUCUCUGAUCUUUACUUUGUCUUAUUAAGUCACUCUAUUGUUCCUUGUGGGGUACUCCUCACUUGUGCCUUAUCUUUUUUACUGGGUGCAAUCCAGUCUCCUCUAUUUAAACUUGCACUUCUCGAAUGGCUUUCCCGUGCAGAGCAACUGGCGAGGCAUACUGCAUUUUCUGAUCAAUGGUGAGUUUGUUAAUAAAACAGCGAAUUGCAAUG